AUGGAGGGAGGAGGAGAGGAAGAGAGCCGAGGAGAAGAGGCUGAAACCUCUUCCAAACCGGGAAGAGCCUCACAGAGAGGAGGAGGUGGGGGGGGCGGCUGCAGACAAAAUGGCCUCAUCAACACCCACUGGCUGGGGGUGGAGCCUCAUGAGGCGCUGCUGUCAGUGUACUCAGCCCCUCUGUACCAGGGUCAUGUGGUGGUGAACGCCCCCCCCCAACAGGAGCACAGCGGGGGUCCUCCCCAGCUCCUGAACCCCAGCGCUCUCCUCCCCCACCAGGCGGUGUCGGACCUCCACCUCAGGUCGGCCCCAGGCCUCCUCCUGUGCCCAGAGAGCGCCCUACGGGGAUGGGGGGAGGUGGGGGGAGGCGACUGCUGCGAGACCACCUUCAUCGAGGGGCUCAGUCCUGACACCUCCUCCGCCGCUCGUGCUACCACCUCCACAAAGGAGGCGCUGCUGUUGGCGGACGGGAAGUUUCUGGACUUUUCUGGGGACGACACAAAGAUUCACACGCUGUCAUACGAAAUCGAUGACGACGACGACGAGUUCCAGGAACUAGAGAGUGAUUACUCCAGCGAAUCAGAGAGUGAGGACACCUUCCUGUUGAUGCCUCCCAGAGAUCACCUGGGCCUCAGUGUCUUCUCCAUGCUCUGCUGCUUCUGGCCACUCGGCAUCGCAGCCUUCUACCUGUCGCAUGAGACUAAUAAGGCGGUGUCUAAAGGAGACUUCCACCUGGCCAGCUCCAGUUCAAGGCGUGCUCUCUUCCUGGCCGUGCUGUCAAUCACCAUCGGGACAGGUAUCUAUGUGGGCGUGGCCGUGGCGCUGAUAGCUUACCUUUCCAAGAACCAUCACUGGUAGCAAUGGAAACUACCCAUCAGCCCCUCAUGUCCUCCUGGGCAGCUGGGUCUACGGUGAGGCCGUGCAGGAGGACGAGGUGUGUGAGCGCUCUCUGUGGAGAACUUCAACCUGAAACCUUUAAACCAAUCAGGGCCCAGUAUCUCUGUGUGUUGGACAGGUGAGACAGUGGAAAGAAAAGCGGCUCCAGCAGUUAGAUUUUUUUUUCCUGCGUUCUCUCUCUGAUGAAGCAACUUCAAUCAUUAAAUUCACAGUGAAAGAUUUGAACUUGUAACAGACGUAAAAAGUUUACUACUUUUUCUGACAUGAUUUUUUUACUUCAGUUAAUUCAGUUUAAUCAUUUCUUCGAUUCUCAUUAGUGAUUAAUUUCAGUUUGCAGCUGCACUGAAUCCACAGACUCCUCCUCUUUAUCAAAUACUUCUGUCACAUAUUCACAUAAAUAAAUCAUCAUCAGAGAGAGAACGCUGGAAAAGAUGAAAUAAAAAAAUCACACGAUGAGUUUCAACACAAGAGGAUUCAUCACAAAGAGACUGUGCUCAGAGGGACUGGAUCCCUGAGGCCGGAUCGCUGAGGCCGGAUCGCUGAGGCCGGAUCCCUGAGGCCGGAUCGCUGAGGCCGGAUCCCUGAGGCCGGAUCGCUGAGGCCGGAUCCCUGAGGCCGGAUCCCUGAGGCCGGAUCGCUGGAUGACUGAGACUGGACUGAGUGGUUCCAGUGUGUGAAUGAAGACACAGAGACUGGAUCGGUCCUCUGCAGACAGACUGUGGACACUUUUCAGUGGUUGAACUGUUGAACUUUUUUUUCCUUCUCUCUGUGGAUUUAUUUUGUUUCUCUGCAGGUGACAAACUGUCAGCUGAUCAAAGAACCUGCAUCAGACCAGACUCAGAAAAUACCUGCAAAUCUUUGGUCGUGUUGCUCGUCAGAGAAUCACACUGUUCACUCAAAUAGCAGAUUUCUUUCCUACCACCUCGAGGCUCGUGGUCUCGGGUCCUUACUACCUGAUUCAGUCACAGCAGUAAAAUCCAACAGAAGAAUAUUUGCAGGUGUUACUGAGUCUCCAGGUCUGAUCACAGUCACCACGCUCAGAUCCAGAUCAGACAUCUCAAACUAACCCAGGACUGCAGGGUGAUGGAAACGCUAACACCUCUCCACAGGUGACAUCUCCACAGGAUGUCAGGUGAUCACCCGGUGUUUGAUCUGGGUCUGACUGAGGUUUAAUGUUUACAGGGCGGAGCUCGGACAGGAAGUAGGUUAAACACUCCCGCCUCCCUCACAGACCGAGAUCACGUUCCCUGAAGAUAGCUUGAUGCUAAGCUAAGUACAAGCUACAUGUCCUCCAGACCAGCCAAUCAGGUUCUCUAGGUGGAAGUUCUGAGGCACUAGGCGGUUUGGAGAUUAGACGAACGCCUGCUGCUGCUUCACAGCAACAACAUCAGCAACAGUUUGGGUGAGAACCUGCUUCAUGAUCCAGGUGGAUCCACGACGGUCGGUGUUCAGCUCAGUGAAGACAGAUAAUGUAAAUGCUUCGUGGUGCAGGGCUCAGGUCCGCCUCUGACAGCAAGCAGCCAAUCAGACAGCAGCAGGGAGACAGGUAGUUAGACCCACCUGGCUGCUUUCAUUACCAAAGGCUCUGGACAGGUGUGUUGUUGUUUUCCCACUCAGGGCUCUUGACAUUGUGAGGGGGGCAGGACAGAUGCUAACAGUGACUGUAAACAUGAGACUGGAAGAGACUCCAUCCCCCCCUGUUGAAUGUGAUUGGCUGGUGUGGGGACUGAGACUCUGAUCCUGGACCUCCCCUGGAUGUUCUGAGAUCUGUUUGGGAAACGGGAGCUCAGUCUUCAUCUCAUACUUGGCAGCUGAACAUAUGAACACUGGGCUAAAGGGCUGCAACCAUCACCAGACCUGCUGUUAUAUAGAUCCACUGUGCUGGGCUGUGAUGUCAUCCACACCUGGAACACACCUGGAACACAGGUGUGUUCCAGAUGUGAAGCUGAUGUUUCACAGUGGAUCUUUCCUCUCUGUCUCACUCCUGACAUUUUUUAUCUGCUGCAGGUGGAUCAGUUUCUUCUCUGUGUUAGCCUAGCUUAGCACAGAGACUGGGAGCAGGGGGAAACGGUUAGCCUGGCACACACACUUCCUGCCCAGCUGCAAAACAAACAGAGCUGCUCUGUGAUUGGUUGUUUUCCUGCUGUUUUUAUUAACAGCCUCUUAACUUUAAGUGCUUGCUAAUAAAAAUGAAAUGUCGCAUUUCCACUGAAACGUGUUUGUGUCUGAACGACGUCUGAGGGACACACAUCACACGGACGAGACAGGAUCUUCAUUUCAUCAUCUUCAUCAUCACGUCGGGGAAGGAAAACGAUGAAUGUAAAGAU